AUGAAUCAUCAAUUUCUAAAAGUAAUUUCAAUGUUGAUAAUCAUUGUUUUUGGAGACACAGUUUCGACAGUGGAAGCCUGCAGUUCCAGUGACAUGGAAGCUUUGAUGAGUUUCAAAAGAGGAAUUCAAAUAGACACAUCGGGUCGUAUAGAGAAAUGGGUUGGUAAGAAUUGCUGCAAAUGGGAAGGUAUUGUGUGUGAAAAUGCAACCUUUAGAGUGAAAGAGAUCAAUCUACCAGGAUUCAUUUCCAAUGAUGAAGGAUUAUUUCAAACACAGAUGGUAGGAUUGAUUUCUCCUUCAAUAGUAUUUCUCACAUCACUUCAAGUUAUUGAUCUUGGUGGUUUAAUUGGUCUUAGUGGAACAAUUCCACUCAAUAUUGGUAACCACUUAAAAAAUCUCCAAAAGCUUUACCUCUAUGGUAAUAAUUUAACUGGUUCAAUACCAGAAAACAUUGGAGAGUUGAAGAAUCUUCAAGAACUUGCUCUUCAUGAAAAUAAGCUAUCUGGGUCUAUUCCUUUGACCGUUGGAAGUUUGAAGAAUCUCAAAAGUUUGUUGCUUUAUUCAAAUCAAUUUUCGGGUAAAAUACCACACUCGAUAAAGAAUUUGAAACUUUUGGUAGAGUUGGAUGUUCACGACAACGCUCUUACAGGUGGAAUACCUCAUAGAGUCAGUGAAAUGCAAGUUCUUCAAAAGCUUGAUCUAUCAAAUAAUUUGUUAACUGGUAAGGUACCAUCUUCACUAACUAAUUUAACUACCAUUUCGGUUUUGUAUCUUGACACCAACUAUCUCGAGGGAGUCAUUUCUUUUCCCUCGAGACCGGGUGAAAUGUCUUGUUUAGCCUUCUUAAGACUCAAUAACAAUCAUCUAGCUGGAAAUAUACCUUCCAAUUUUGGUUAUCUAGUAUCACUUCAAAGAGUUUCUUUAUCAAACAACAAACUUGAAGGAACAUUACCAUCUACUUUAGGUGAUUUGGUAUCAUUGACUGAAUUGUAUAUCAGUGAGAAUUUCUUAUCUGGCCAAAUACCAAAAUCAAUAGGCCAACUUUCUCAGCUCAUAAUGUUGAACAUUUCUAGAAAUUUGAUUGAAGGGCCACUGCCUCAAGAGAUGUCUUCUCUUCAAAAUCUUCAAACACUUGAUCUCUCUUUCAAUCAUUUGAAUCGCUCUUCAAUCCCAAAAUGGAUAGCGAAUGUGCCGUCCCUUUCUCGCAUCUACUUAGCCGAUUGUGGAAUCAAGGGCCGAAUUCCAGACUUUUUACAAACAACCAUCAGUCCAAUUCAAGAACUCGACUUGUCGGUAAACCUUCUCAAUGGAAGCAUUCCAUCAUGGAUUGGAAGGUUAAAUCAACUCUACAUGUUAAAUCUUUCAAGAAACACUAUUUCUUCAUACAUCCCUAAUUCUUUUAGAAACUUGCAUGAUUUGUCAGUUCUUGAUUUUCAUUCAAAUAGACUAAUAGGCUCCAUAUCUUUGAUUUUUGAUAUUGGACAAAGUAUUUUUGGAGGAUCAUUAAAAUUUGUUGAUCUUUCUGAUAACAAAUUCUCAAGAGGAAUAGAGAAAAUUGGUUUAAGAGGGCAAUGUGAUAUUCAGUUUCUCAAUUUGUCUCAUAAUCUUCUAAAAGGUAAGAUACCAAAUGGUAUUGGGAGAAUGAACUCUAUAAAUAAAUUGGAUUUGAGCUUCAAUAAGUUAGGAUUCAACUUACCUGAGGUAAUGGGAAAUUUAACCUCAUUAGAGGUAUUGAAGCUGCAGAAAAAUCAAUUAAAUGGAAAUAUACCUAUUGGAUUUCUGAGGUUGAUAAAGCUGAAAGAAUUGAACUUAUCUUAUAAUCUUCUUGAAGGGAAAAUUCCAGAGGGUAAGCCUUUGAUUGAUUUUCCAAAGAGUUGUUAUUUUGGAAAUAAAGGUUUAUGUGGAAAACCUCUUAGUCCUUGUAAACCAUGA